AUGGUGACCAGAGGUAUCGGCAGUCACUGCAUUUGGAUGUUCAAGGGCAAAGAAUGGCCGAUCCUGAUAUGUGGCGACGACAUCCUUCCGAAAGACUUCUUUGGCCGUCGCCGACAUAGUGACGAAGUAGCAGCUAUAUUGCUUGGCCUGCGAAAGUACAUCUGGAUUCUAGAGUGUAGUCUCCAAGACAUUGACCCGCACAGGAAGUACCUCGAGCCUUCCUUCUCGGACGAACCGUGUGCUGCCGAUGACGAAACAGCUAAGCUGGAGAAGCACCGUCGAAUUGCCUUCGAACAGGACUUGCAAUUAUGGGGGACACCAAAGUUUUGGAAGAAUUAUAUUGCCGGUGAACGCAAAGCGCGUAGACUGCAGCGCUCAAUCUCCACGUCGAGCAGAGGAAAGCGUAAGCGGUCUACUAACAGCGCCGAGACUGCUGUGUCAAGCGGUCGAAGUUCCAAUGACGCGGACACGCACCCCAGCACUUCCUCGCACAAGCGUCGCAGGUGUGAUUCCAGUGGCUCUCUACCAAAUCCGCAAACGACGUCUGUCAGAGGCGGCUCAUCCAUUGGCCGCAAGAAAGGGGGUUGCACCGUCGCUGACGUUGACGGAAUUGUCGACACGGACGACCUCGUCAGAUCAGUAGAGCAAGAGGUCCACGACCAUCAUGACAAAAUCCAGCAUGAUGUCUAA